AUGGGGCCGCGCAGGCGGACGGCGGCAGGCGGGCCGGGCACCGCCCUGGGGGAGGAUCCCUAUGGAAACUUCAUCGAUGAUUUGCGGCUAUAUGUGAGAGGAGGAACAGGUGGAAUGGGUUAUCCCCGACUGGGUGGGGAAGGAGGGAGAGGUGGCGAUGUCUGGUUCAUUGCCCAGGAAAGAUCGACCCUAAAGGGCAUUAAGGCGAGGUACCCGCAGAAGCGAUUUGUGGCUGGAUCAGGAGCCAACAGCAGCGUUAAAGCACUGAAAGGUGGAAAAGGAAAGGACUGUGAAGUGCAUGUGCCACCAGGGAUUUCAGUUCUUGAUGAUGAUGGGAAGAAGAUUGGAGAACUUAACAGAGCAGGAGAGAGAUUCCUGGCAGCUCGGGGAGGUCUCGGUGGCUCUUUGGCCACAAACUUCUUGCCUUGCAAAGGCCAGAGGCGAAUUGUUCAUCUUGAUUUGAAACUUAUAGCCGACGUGGGCUUAGUUGGGUUUCCAAAUGCAGGAAAAUCAUCCUUGCUAAGCAAGAUUUCUCAAGCCAAACCUGAGAUUGCAAAUUAUGCAUUUACAACGAUACAGCCUGAGCUAGGAAAGAUCAUGUAUGAAGAUUUUAAACAGGUUGGUGUGAAGGUUUAUUCUGGUUGUUUAAGUUGUGUGUAACAGUUAUUUAUGUUGCUUAACAGCAUUUCAAAAAGAAAUGGAAACUUAACUUGUAGAGUUUUCUGGGUGUUUAUGUAUACAUACAUACAUAUAUAUAUAUAUACACAUAAGACAAUUACAUGGAUUUAAUGGAGGUUGUGGAGAAAAUCUU